GUCUGCUCUUUGUGUGUGAUUGCAUCAAGCCUCGACGAGUUUGUUGCAACAUAUUGUCCCUUUCUAUCGCGAGUAGCUAAGGGGGUUAGUUUCACAAUGGGCAUUAGUUUAAAUUCCCGCCACGACUCCUUCAGCCAGUUUCCUCCAGAGCAGCGAAAGAAGAAAUUAUGGGAUCCAAGUACUACUCUGGACAUCAUCAAUCCCAGUAAAGGGUGUCUUACCUGCGUCGGGUAUGCCCCGAGCUGUGGCCGACGAUGCCGCAAUCCAAUUAACCAGGCGAACCGAGCAUCCGCUUAUCGGCUUCUAGAAGACCUAUCUUACAUCGAUGCGUCCACUACAGACAUCAACGCAAAGCUUCAUCAGCUAGCAGGACUCACACUGUGUUUGAGGUUCCAUCAGGGUCAAAAAAACGACAUAGUUAAGAAAUGGUGCAGGAAGAUAGACCAACAGCAAACGGCGUCUCGGAUCAGCAUCGACGCCAAGGUAGACCCAAAUCGAAUUGAGGAACAAUUGAAAGAUAUAGAGGGAUUGCUCGCACAUAUCCUUUACAAGACCAAAGGAGCGGACGAAUUCAUCUUCUCUUCGCCCACAAGCCAGCACUACCGAAAGCGAUACGAUCCGCAGUCUGCUCAAGAAGAACGAGCACAGAAACAACGGGAAGAGGAAACGCGUAAGUCGAGAGAACGAGAACGAGAAAACCAACAGCAGGAACGAGUGAAAAAGGAGCGAGAGGAAAAGGAAAAAAAGAAGCGUGAGGAGGAAAAAAUGCAAAAGGAAGAGCAACAAGCUAAAGAUAGAGAGGCACGCGAACGGCAAGAGAGAAACGAGCGCAUUCGCCAGAGAGCUGAGCAGGCGAGGAAAGAGAGCGAACGAAAAGCAAGGGAGCUGGCUGCAAAGGAGAGGGAAGAAUGGGACAAAGUAUGGCUACACUAUGUACUGCAAUGGGAUGAUAUUAAGAAAAAAGAUAUGAAGGGCACUUCAGAGAAUUUGCGAAAAAUCAUACCUUGGCCGGUCAAAUCUGGUGACUGGAGAGGUGUAUCUGGGCCUGCUGUCGAAGAUUUUUUCCGGAAGGCGCCUCCCCAAACAACUAGCGCCGAGAAGAUGCUUGCGAUUAUGAAGAUGGAAUGCUUGAAAUGGCAUACAGACAGGGUUCCCAGAAUGUUUGGAGUAAUAGAGGACAAAAAUCUGGCGGACCUUUUUAACACAGUGGCUCAGGUUGCGAUCAAGAUAAGAGCAGAGACAGGACGCCAGCGGGAGCGAUGAUAUUUCAUGCAUGCGUUGGAAGUGAAGCCUUAGAAUGUUGCCAUCAGAACGUCAACAACAAUCCUAAUGAGCGACGGAGCAUCAU